CACACACACACACGCACACAUACUCACACACGCUCCACGGCACUGCACAGAAGGAGUAGUAGAAGUCCAGGCAUCUCUUCAUCACCAUGUGCAUCCUGUGGAGAUACAGACUCGUGAUGUCGGUGUUGUCUGUGUUGCUGUUUUUCCUCAGUUGUGACGCUCAGCUGCAUCAUGAAGCGCAAAGCGGCAAAUUAGUGUAUGCACGUGGAAACCACUGGGCUGUGGGACACCUGAUGGGUAAGAAGAGCGUAGACGAGACGCUGGGCUCGGACAACCAUGACGUCGAUGCUCAGGCUUAUUUAAUCACGGCAGAAGCCGACACACACAUGCAGCCGUCCAGCCUGCUGAAGGCUCUCAUCAAGUCUCUGGCUGGACCAGAGAGAGAGACAGAAGACGAGAGGGAAAGACGAGAGCGUUUGAUGGAGCUGAGGAGACGAUGGGAAGAGCAGCUGGCAAAAGAGAGGGAGAUCAACCAGGCAGCGAGGUUUUUGUUACUGGCGCUAAACACGAGAGACGCAGACGCCAGCUGAAGACAAGCGUCACGUCUGAUCUUCAGUCAGAGAUUCUGCAGUUGGAAGCAGCUGAGAAACGACGGCGCUGCGUCACAGUCGACUCUGUUAGAAAAUAAACACUAAAUCUCACUGUCUGUUCGUUCUGCACCGCAUCAGCUCACAAAUAACUUCUAUUUUUUUGUAAAUUAAUCUAAUUGUAUGCCAUUGUUUUAUAGGCCUACGUAUAUAAUUAUGUUCUUCUGAACUGUUUGUGUGACUGAUGUUUCGUCAAAUGUAUUCAAUAAA